AUGGAGAGGCUACAUUAUCCAAUUCCUUUAAAUCCAAAUGCCAAAUACCUACCCAACUCGAUUUCGAAUGUUUUGUACAGUAUUCAGAAAUUUGAUCAAAGUACGCUUGCUUGGCCGACUUGCCAACGGAAAACGAAUGUCUCUAUUGGAAAAGCAUUCACAUCGCCACCGGAAGUUCCGUUCGCAGGAACUGCAACCUGCGUGAUCCAAAAGGGAAGACAAUGUGCAUCCAGAUGUAAUGCUAAGGAGGUCCAGAAGAAUACCUUCUAUCAAAUUCUUCAAGCCAGCCAAGAUCAGCCGAGAAUUCAGCUGAGUUCCAGAAUCAAACGAAAAAGUUUAGACCCUAAAUCUAAAUGCGAUUUCAAGGACGACAGCAUUUACAAUGAUAUAUACGACAUAGUGAGGUCUCACACUCAAUACAAAAAAUUACCUCAAAUCGAAAAGCAGCCUGAGCAACAAAAGCCAAUUUCUCUGAAUCCUCCUGCGGUGGAAGUCUAUAAAGUUCGUCCGUUUGCAAACGAAAUCAAAGAACCAAGUAGCAAAACUCCAAAAUCAAACGCUAAGGGAAAUAAACUUCGAGAAAAAACGAAUGAGCUUUCGGAUUCAAAAAGGAUAACUCAUCAGUCUAAGCCGAAGUUAGGAGAAUCAAAAAGUUCGAGGAAACAUACAUUUAAGCUACGAGAAAAAACGAAUGAGCUUUUGGGUUCAAAAAGGACAACGCAUCAUUCUAAGCCGAAGUUAGCAGAAUCGAAAAGUUCAAGGAAAAAUACAAAUAAACUUCGAGAAAAAGCGAAUGAGCUUUCAGAUUCUAAAAGGACAACGCAUCAUUCUAAGCCGAAGUUAGCAGAAUCAAAAAAUUCAAGGAAAAAUAGAAAUAAACUUCAAGAAAAAACGAAUGAGAUUACGGAUUCAAGAAGGACAUCAACAUCUAUGAGUUUGCAGAAUCAGCUUUUAAAAUUUCAAACAAGGGAAAAUAAGCAGAAGCGCAAUUCAAAGUCCGAAAAACACAAAACAACGCAACAGUUGUGGCCAAUACGGGAUAAAGGUGCAGUUCGAAUCCCACAGAGAAGUAUAUAUAACGAACAAUCCAAUGUGGGUUCCGAGAUUAAGUCGAAUUUUUCCACCACCCAGCUUCCAGAUCCAGAUGGUCAAAAGGUCCAAGAGAUUUCCACUGAGGAGCAGGGAAACUUGGAGGAAAAGCCGGAACAGGAAACUGAAAGAGCGAGUGAUAUAAAAAGAAAUUCCAACGAAGAAUCAGGCAGGAGAAGAAGAAAGUCCAAGUUAAAACUAAAACUAUUCAAUGCCAAUAAUAAUAAUACAAUCUAUGUUGUUCAAGCAAGAAAUUCAAAAGGGUUUACACGUGAAUCGCUUUCCAAUAAACGUUCCGGAAAGGAGAUUUAUAAGAUUCAAGAAAUGAAAUUAAAUCCGUUCAAGGAACAGGAAGAAAUCUCCACAUUGAAUCCGCAAAAGUCCGAUUCUUAUAUUCUGGGAAGAUCAAAAACGCGUAUCAAUCCGAAUAGGACACGCGAAUCACGUGCUUCUAAGAAAAUCUCCACGAUAAGAGAGAAAUCCCUGGUUGAAAACAUAUCUGAUAUAACAAUUCCCAACAAUUUACAGACAAAUCUAAAAUCGAUGUCAGUAAAACCCAAGGAGCAGGAAGUUAAUGGCAUCACAGCGCCAGUAAAAGAAGAAAUAGUUUCCAAGCCAAGAAAAGUGUAUCCGUUGAAUAGUAUCUUAAAUGUUGGAAAUAUAUCCAAAACUAUGAGCAAUCCGGGCGACCAGAACGAAAAAAUGGUACAAAUUUCCAGUCAGAAAAACAAACCGAAGGAUUCUUUUGAAGAGAACACUGCUCAUACAACUCAAUCUACUACUGAUAAGUUAAAAAGCAAAACUAAAACGACUUCUAAUGUGUCUCAAAUAAAAGAUAAAUCAAGAUUUUUUCGGCAUAAAUUAGAACCGCCAACGCCAACAAAUUCUUAUGAAACCGAAAUUGAAGCCUUACCAGUUUAUCCCUACGAGGAGCACGAUAAUGAGGACGAGACCUCCUACAUGAGCGAAAGUUUCUACUUAUCGGAUCGAAGGACCGUGGAACGCAAAAGCAUCCUGGAUAGGUUAAACUUGAAGAUUCGAAAAACCAAUCUUGAUAUGACGCCGGAAAUGUACCAGGAGAGAUUGAUCAAAGUAAAGCAAUUUCUUAGCCGACACAGCAUCACUGAGAAUACAGAUACGUCCUCAAUCGACAUCGAAGGAAUCCCCGAUAGCGAUUUGCUGAUGUAUCCGUAUUCGGAAAUAUAUGAAAACAGGACGACCGUCACAAAGGUAAAUCAGCCAAAUGUAUCUGAAGCAAUUAAGGAAGAUUCGAAGCCCAUUCCAAGACCUCCAGAUGAUACUCGUAAGAUUCAAAAUGAAAAGCCUGUUUGCAAAAAAACCGCAUGCAUUAUAUGCCGAACUAUUAGAGGUAAUCACGGGCCAAAGGAAGCACCUUUCAUGGAGCAGAUGAGAAGGGAGAAUAGACGUCGGGAACUAUUGGCAUACAGAGCAAAAAUUGAAGAGCCCCGUAUUAAGUCUUUUAACAUCCUGCCCAAGGAUCCUAUGAAUGAAGCUAAAGCCAUUAACCUGCACGAUCUCAGGAAAAAAGAACUCUACACUCUGAAGAGUAGGAGCAAUAUUUUCGGCACUGCGAGUAGUAUGUCUAGAUUCCCUAAGAAAAGAAAUCUAUGUACUUUUCCUAGCGAAAAUUAGUCUAUUACUCAUCUCCGAAAUUGUAUAUCUAUUUAUUUUCCCAGUAAUUCUAAUAUUUGUUUCCAAAAAACAAUGAGUCAUUUGAUGCAUAUCUCUAUAAUUCAUGCGAAUUUGUCAAGAAAGUGCAAUCGUUGUUGACAGAUCCGCAUGCUUAUAAAGCCUAUAAAAAUAAAUGUAUCUUAUGACAAAGUCAA